AUGCCGCCGCUCGACGAGAUCAAGGACCUCAAGUUGACCCUGCGAGGGGCCAGCAAACACUGGCUGGUUGAGUUUUACGAGGCAGGCGGGCUGACCGCGCUGGUGAUGAACCUCAGCGACGUUGAGGUGAUAGAAGACAAGACCGACCGGGAUGUUCAGCUGCAAGUGGAGCUGCUCAAGUGCCUGAAGGCGUCCCUGAACAACCAGCUGGGCAUUGACUUCCUGGCGGCGAGACCGGAGGUGGUGGGGAUCCUAGCGCUUAACUUCGGCUCCGAGGACGUCUUCAUCUGUACACAGGCUUUGGAGCUGUUGGCGGUUCUGAUGGUGGACGGACCCGAGGGCUACCGCGCGGUCUUGGCCGCGAUGGACUACUUCAAGCUCGUCAAGGGGGAACGGGUGCGUUUCUACUCGCUGCUGGACGCCCUCAUGACGGACGAGGCGGACCUCGCCUUCAAGCGUGACGUCAUGCUCUUCAUCAACACGCUCGUCAACAGCGCGAUGGACAUAGAGGAGCGGAUCGAGAUCCGCGCCGAUCUGAUCUACACGGGCAUCCUCGAUGCCGUCGAGCGCCUCAAGAACCAGUCCACCGACGUUUUCAUGGAAGAGGGAGACGAAGCCCUUUCCGAAGACCGCAUCGAGCUGGACAACCAGCUGCACGUGUUCGAGGCAGUGAUGAACAAGGACAUCGCCGAGGUCCAGCACACGUACAGCGACGAGCAGACGGUGAACCUGUCGGACCCGGAGCAGCUUUACUCCACCAUCUGUUCGUCCGUGGUGGAGUACGACUGCUUCGGGGUGUUCUUGUCGAUCAUGCAGCACCUGCUCGUCAUCCCCAGCGCCGACCUUGCGGGAAAGCAGCAGUGGGAAGCGGCGGAGGAGGCGAUUCACCAGAUCGUGACCCACUCCGAUGACGAGUUCUCUCUGACGUACGAAGACCUCAAGAAGAUGUUGGACUGGAAGGACCGACUGGAGGACCUGUCGGUCAAGUGCAAGACGCUGGAGGAAGAGAACACCGGUAUGCGUUCCGGAGGCGUCGUUCCCGGAGGGGGAGCGUAUCCUCCCGGCCCCGCCACCAGUGGAUUGGGCCCCGGAUUCGGCCCGGGGCUGGGCCCCGGGCUGGGCCCCGGCUUUGGCCCUGGCCCGGGGGGGGGGGUGCCGGCGUCAGCGGCUCCGCCGGCCCCCGGCCCUGCCGGAGUGGUUCCUCCGCCGCCUCCGCUUCCGGGCAUGCCAGGGGCGGGGGUCCCACCGCCGCCCCCCCUGCCCGGCAUGCCCGGGGCUGGAGUGCCGAGCCCGCCCCCGCUGCCUGGGAUGCCCGGCGCCGGAGCUCCGAUGCCGCCCCCGCUCCCGGGGAUGCCGAGGCCGAUGGGGAUGCCAGCACCACCCCCUCUCCCUGGAGCGCCAGGAGUCCCUGGGCCGCCGCCUUUGCCCGGAAUGGCCGGCAAGAUGCCAAUGCCGCCGCCGAUGCCCGGGGGGGGGAAGCUUCCCGCGGCGCCCCCUAUGCUGGGAAAUCUGCUGGCGAGGGGGCUCCCCGGAUUGGGACCGGGGUUGGGGCCAGGGCUGGGGCCGGGGAAGGGCGGCGGGUUUCCUGCUCCGCCUCCACCGAAUAUGCCUUCGUUGGCUCACGGGAGGCCCAAGAAGCCCAACAAGAAGCCCGACGUUGCGCUGCGAAAUCUCUUCUGGAACAAGAUUCCUGACACGAAGAUCACGGGCACGGUGUGGGAGAAGUUCGACAAGGAGCUGGGGGGUACGGAGAUGAAGCCGGGGGAUGACCAGAGCCUCCUGGACAUGAACUACGUCACGCAGCUCCUGUCGAGCUUCUGCAAGACCAAGCCGAAGAGCGGGGAGGAGGAGGAGGCGAGGAUCAAGGCGGAGCUGGAGCGCAAGAAGAGGGCCAACGCGCAGAUCACGCUCAUGGACCCCAAGACCUCGCAGAACGUCGGAAUCGCGCUCGCGAAGAUCAGGCUGUCCAACGAGAAGAUCGUCCAAGCUGUCAUCACAAUGGACGAGGAAGUGUUGGACAUGGAGAUCAUCCGCUCUCUCCGCCAGCAGGCUCCCACGGGGGAGGACAUCACGGCUCUUAAGGAGUUCGACGGGGACCACACGAAGCUCGGAAAGGUGGAACGGUUCUUCAAGGAGACGAUGAAGAUCCCGCGCUACGCCCCCCGGCUAGACUGCAUGAUCUUCAAGGGGGGCUUCGAGAGGGACGUGCGGGACUUGACGGAGACGCUCGACAUCGUCAGCAACUGUUGCACGCAGGUGCGGGAGAGCAAGUCUCUGAACCGGCUGUUGAAGAUGAUGCUGGCCGUCGGGAACUUCUUGAACGGAGGCACUCCACGAGGAGGGGCGUACGGCUUCAAGGUUGACGUGCUCAAGAAGUUCAGCGAGCUCAAGGACGUUACCAACAAGCGCACCCUCAUGCACGCUUUCGCGGAGUGGUGCCAGCGAUCACACAAGGAUCUGCUCAACGUCAGCGACGACUUCCCUGACAUCGAAGAGUGUAUCAAUACGUAG